GUUUUCUGUCAAACGUUACGUUGACCCAUGGUCGUUAGUCAACGAUACCUCUGUAUCCCUUAAACUACGACGACCUCCCAACGGUUCGACUCCAGGCCAAUUCGUCAGUUUCUCGGCCUCGUGAUUCGCGGCAUUCGCCAAAGGAAGACGGACAUGGACUACAACCACAAGCUCGUCCUCGCUCCUAUGGUUCGCGUUGGUACAUUGCCGCUUAGGCUACUGGCUGCAGAAUACGGUGCAGAUAUAACAUACGGAGAGGAGAUAAUUGAUCAUAAACUCAUCAAAUGUGAGCGCCGAAUCAACGAGGUGAUUGGGACUACUGAUAUUGUGGAGAAGGGAACUGAGAAUGUUGUUUUCAGGACCUGCCACGAGGAAAGUGAUCGGGUAGUAUUUCAGAUGGGAACUUCUGAUGCUGUGAGGGCUCUGGCUGCUGCCCAGAUUGUGUGCAAAGAUGUUGCAGCCGUUGAUGUCAAUAUGGGUUGUCCAAAAUCAUUUUCUAUUAGUGGAGGAAUGGGUGCUGCACUACUGAAUAAACCAGAGCUCAUCCAUGAUAUUUUGACAACAUUAAAGAGAAAUUUGGACACGCCAGUGACAUGUAAGAUUCGACUUCUAAAUUCCUCCCAGCAUACUGUGGAAUUGGCGCGGAGAAUCGAGAAAGCUGGUGUUUCUGCUCUUGCUGUCCAUGGAAGAAGAGUUGCAGAUAGGCCCAGGGAUCCUGCUAAAUGGAGUGAGAUUGCGGAUGUUGUAGCAGCACUCUCUAUUCCUGUCAUAGCAAAUGGUGAUGUCUUUGAAUAUGAAGACAUUGAACGCAUUAAACUGACAACAGGUGCCACAUCUGUGAUGGUUGCUAGAGGCGCUCUUUGGAAUGCUUCUAUUUUCUCUCCUAAAGGCAAAGUACCGUGGGAAGAGGUGAAAAGAGAAUAUGUUAAGAAGAGCAUCUUGUGGGAUAAUGAUGUUAAGAGCACAAAGCACACUUUGAAGGAAAUGAUAAUGCAUUUUUCUUGCCUUGAACUGCCGGAGGGAAAGGCUGUUACUAAAUCAGAAACGUUAGCAGAUCUAGCACAACUUUAUGGGGAGGACAACUAUUAUGAUUUUGUCAAUGCCAACCGGUUCUCCAAUGGAAGACGAUGACUAGUAUUUUCUAAGCUGAGAGAGUCUUGUUCAUCAUCAAUAUUGAAUUUGGCGACAUGGUGAAUACAGCAAAUUGUUUGUUGCUUGUUAACAAUUAUGUGAAGGCAAACGAUUUUUCACCUCAAUUCUUAACUAGGGAGAGCAAAUAGUGAUCUUUACCCGAGAAUUGCUUCGGAUUGUUUAGUUUAGCUCAUCGAAGUAGGGUUAUCUGUAAUUUGGUAAUAUGUAAUUGUUUGGUGUAAUUCUUUUGCUAUUGUGCUUGUGCUCCAAGCCCUCAAAACUGCUUAGCACACUGAUCAUACUUCAAGGUUAUCUGUAAUUUGGUAAUAUGUAAUUGUUUGGUGUAAUUCUUUUGCUAUUGUGCUUGUGCUCCAAGCCCUCAAAACUGCUUAGCACACUGAUCAUACUUUCAAGGUUUUCUCUGAGGCAUGUAAUUUUAUACCAUGUGAUUAUAUGUUCUAUCUAUAGUGAAAAUUCUGCUUUUAAACGUAA